UACAAAUUGUAUUAUCUAGCCUCACUUGCGACUAAGUACGAGUAUAAAUGCGUCUGUCAUAAUUUUUGCAUGCCCAACACAAAAGCGUCAAAACACCCGCGUUCCGACAUCAUUUCAAUUCCGGCAGCCAGCCAAACAGUUAGCUCUGAUCUCUGUGCAGUCCAGUUACUAAAUUAAUACUAAAUUAAUUCACACAUUACGUAUACGCCGCGUACUACAGCCAGACAGUGUUUCGUUGAUUGCCCACUAAUUGAUAAUUUCGGCUUCAAAAUGGCUGCCUUUGUACACUUUAAGCCGGCAAGAUGCCCUCAAUAAAUCCGGAGGAGGAGAGCGGAGUGCAGUAUUCCUACACGGAAGUCAGUACGUUUCAGAUAAGCGAAGGAAACACUCGAAAUAUGUCACCCGAACCGGUCAAGUCCGGUCGUAUUUUUCUGGCUGCAGUGGCAGCCAACUUAUCCGCCUUCGUCGUGGGCACCACCCUCGGCUGGACAUCACCGAUCGGGCCCAAGCUGAAGGCCGAAGACACCUCGGACUCGCCGCUGAGCAGGCCCAUUACUGCCGAGGAGGAUGCUUGGAUCUCGUCCCUGAUUGCCAUCGGAGCCCUGGUGGCUCCAUUCGUGGCUGGGCCGAUGGCCGACCGCAUUGGCCGCAAGUGGGUGCUCCUGUCCAGCAGUCUCUUCUUCGUGCUGGCCUUCGGCCUGAACAUGGUGGCCUCCGAGGUGUGGAUCCUCUACCUGUCCCGACUGAUCCAAGGCUUUGGCGUCGGCUUCGUGAUGACCGUGCAGCCAAUGUAUGUGGGUGAGAUUUCCACGGACAACGUGCGAGGUGCCACCGGAUCCCUGAUGCAGCUCUUCAUUGUGGCUGGCAUUCUGUACGUCUAUGCCAUCGGACCGUAUGUUUCCUACCAGGCCCUGCAGUGGUGCUGCAUUGUGGUGCCCGUGGUCUUCGACUUUGUGUUCUACCUGAUGCCCGAGAGUCCGUACUUUUUCGCCGGAAAGGGCCGCAAGUCGGAGGCCCUGAGGUCGCUGCAGUUCCUUCGCGGCCAGAGCGCUGAGGGUGUGCACGACGAGAUGGCCGAGAUCCAGGCCAAUGUGGAGGAGGCGAUGGCCAACAAGGGCACCAUGAUGGACCUGUUCCGGAACGCCGGCAACAGGCGGGCGCUGUUCAUCUGCGCCGGCCUCAUCUGCUUCCAGCAGUUGUCCGGCAUCAACGUGGUGCUCUUCAACAGCCAGUCGAUAUUUGCCAGUGCCAACACCGGGCUGGACCCGGCCAUUGCCACCAUCAUCAUCGGGUGUGUCCAGGUGGGAUCCUCGGCCCUGACGCCCCUGGUUGCCGAUCGCCUGGGCCGGAAGGUGAUGCUGCUGACCUCCUCGAGUGUGAUGUCCAUCGGGCUGGCGGCCCUGGGUGGAUUCUUCUACAUGCAGCUGGUCGUCGGAGACAUCUCCAGUGUGGUUUGGAUGCCGGUUCCCGCCCUGAUCAUCUACAACAUUGUGUACUGCACGGGCUUCGGACCGCUUCCGUGGGCGGUGCUCGGCGAGAUGUUCCCGGCGAACAUCAAGUCGGCGGCCUCGUCGGUGGUGGCCAGCACCUGCUGGACACUGGGCUUCCUGGUGACCUUCUUCUAUCCCACCCUGGACGCCCUCGGCUCCUACUACGCCUUCUGGCUCUUUGCCGCCUGCAUGGUGGUGGCCUUCUUCUUCGUGCUCCUCGUCGUGAUGGAGACGAAGGGCCUUAGCCUGCAGCAGAUCCAGGAUCGGCUCAACGGCAAGCGCAACUAGGAAGCACUCCUGAUUCCCUAUCGAUCUUUAUCCUACGCCUAAGGUCUAUGUGCAAGUAUUUUAUUGGUUAGAUUUGUAAGCCUAAACUCAAUUGUUACAUGUUUUUCCUGUUAAUUUGUAAACCAAACAAAAAUGUAGUAAUAAUAAUUAUGGUAAAUCAUUUAAAAAAUGGUUCUCACUAAGGGGUUUACGAGUAGUGCACUGUCAACUCACGGAAAGGACAGCAAAAACAGAUUAUUUAACUAACUAGACCCAAUAGUUUUGAUCCUACAACUGUUGAUCAGCGGCGUGUUUAAUUUCUAUCUGCUUAUACCUUUUAAACUCAGCUCGCAAAUGGUAUAUAUCAAUUCACCUAGUGAUUCCUUACACGGUCGUUUACAGCGUUGCAAACUUCAGACCAAAAUCAUAACACCCUCUUCUAAUGUAUAAAAAUGAUGUAAUUUAUUUGCAUUUACUGAGGAGCAGCUCUAAUGAAAGGUUCGACCACAUUUUUGAAGUCUUGUCACGUACCAUUAGCUUAAAAGCAAAUAUCUAUGCAUUAUUAUAUACAAAGUAAAAUAAUUGUAAACAAAAUUCAGGCGAGUUAGGAAUUUCGAAACAAUUUCACACUUUUUUUUAAAUUUAAGUUAAUUUGCAAACCAAAUUAAAGCAAAGUCCGGUCAACAAUAUUA